AUGGUUGGCCAAGUUUUUAAUUCAAAAGCAGAUUUACAACAUGCUGCGAAGUUGUACUCUUUAAGUCAACACCAAGAGUACGUUGUUGUUUCGUCAACUACAAAGUUGUUGGUCCUAAGAUGCAAGAAGGCUGAGCAAUCGCAAUGUCCAUGGAAACUUCAUGCUAUGGUUGUAAAAGGUACAACUUCAUUUGCAAUCAAUAAACACAAUGGUCCCCACAAAUGUGUAAAUCCUUGCUUGAAUCGGGAUCAUCAACAAUUAGAUUCCAACUUGAUUGCUGCUCAUAUCCAAGGAAUGAUUAAGGCACAAUUCACAUUAUCAGUGGCUGCUAUUCAAGCAAGUAUUGUGGAGAAAUUCGGAUACCAAAUGUCAUACAAGAAUGCAUCUAAAGCAAAGCUUAAAGCUCUUACAAACUUAUUUGGUGAUUUUUAUAAGUCAUAUGCAGAGCUGCCCCAUUUUUUCAUUGCCUUAGAGCAGGCAAAUCCAGGAUGUGUUGUAAUUUCAAAAACAUUUCCUGGUAUUAUGGAGAAUACAGAAAUAUUUCAACGAGUUUUUUGGACAUUUCAACCAUCUAUUGAAGGAUUCAAGCAUUGUCGGCCUGUACUCAGUAUUGAUGGUACACAUUUGUAUGGGAAGUAUAAAGGCACUUUAAUGAUUGCUAUGGGUUGUGAUGGAAAUAAUCAGUUAUUCCCAUUGGCUUUUGCCCUAACAGAGGGUGAGAAUAUUGAUAGUUGGGGAUGGUUUUUGGCAUGUAUUAGAACAAGAGUCACUAAUAGGAGGAAACUUUGUGUUAUAUCAGAUCGACAUCCAGGCAUUAUGGCUGCAAUGAGCGAUGUUCAUCUUGGUUGGUCUGAGCCAUACGCAUAUCAUAGGGUUUGUAUGCGUCAUCUUGCUAGCAAUUUUAUGACUCGAUUCAAGGAUAAAAUAUUGAAAAAUCUUAUGUGCAGAGGAGCCUUAGCAACCAAGAUUGAAAAAUUCAAUAAACAUAUGAACACAAUUGGGAGGAUUAAUGCAGCCGCACAACAAUGGUUGGAAGCAAUCCCUUUUGAGAAAUGGACACUCUCUCAUGACGGAGGUCGAAUGUACGACAUCAUGACUACAAACAUGUCGGAGGUGUUCAAUAGUGUGCUUAAAGGGGCUCGUAGCUUACCCGUAACUGCUUUGGUUCAAUUGACAUUUUUUCGGCUAAAUAGUUACUUUGUUGUGAGAAGGGAACAAGGUGCUAAUCGACUUGCUUCAAGUGAGGAAUACACUCCAUAUGUUGAUGCUAAGAUGAAGGCAAAUGUGGUUAAGGUGGGAUCUUAUGAGAUUAUUUUAUAUGAUCACAUCUAA